ACUGGUGCUGGGGAGCAGCAGGCCAAGUGGGAGGUGCGAGUGUGGAGCUGGGACGGGUCUGGGCAGCUCUCGGUGGUUGGCACCGGUUCGCACACCCAUUCAAGCGGCAGGACGCACUUGUCUUAGCAGUUCCCGCUGACCGCGCUAGCUGCGGCUUCUACGCUCCGGCACUCUGAGUUCAUCAGCAAACGCCCUGGCGUCUGUCCUCACCAUGCCUAGCCUUUGGGACCGCUUCUCGUCGUCGUCCACCUCCUCUUCGCCCUCGUCCUUGUCCCGAACUCCCACCCCAGAUCGGCCGCCGCGCUCAGCCUGGGGGUCGGCGGCCCGGGAGGAGGGAUUUGACCGCUCCACGAGCCUGGAGAGCUCGGACUGCGAGUCCCUGGACAGCAGCAACAGUGGCUUCGGGCCGGAGGAAGACUCGGCUUACCUGGAUGGAGUGUCGUUGCCCGACUUCGAGCUGCUCAGUGACCCUGAGGAUGAACACCUGUGUGCCAACCUGAUGCAGCUGCUGCAGGAGAGCCUGGCCGAGGCGCGGCUGGGCUCUCGGCGCCCUGCGCGCCUGCUGAUGCCUGGCCAGCUGGUAAGCCAGGUGGGCAAAGAACUAUUGCGCCUGGCCUACAGCGAGCCGUGCGGCCUGCGGGGGGCGCUGCUGGACGUCUGUGUGGAGCAGGGCAAGAGCUGCCACAGCGUGGGCCAGCUGGCACUCGACCCCAGCCUGGUGCCCACCUUCCAGCUGACCCUUGUGCUGCGCCUGGACUCACGACUCUGGCCCAAGAUCCAGGGGUUGUUUAGCUCCGCUAACUCUCCCUUCCUCCCUGGCUUCAGCCAGUCCCUGACGCUGAGCACUGGUUUCCGAGUCAUCAAGAAGAAGCUGUACAGCUCGGAACAACUGCUCAUUGAGGAGUGUUGAACUUCAACCUGCGGGGGCCGACAGUGCCCCCCAAGGCAGAGACGACUGAACUUUUGGGGUGGAGACUAGAGGCAGGAGCUGAGGGACUGAUUCCUGUGGUUGGAAAACUGAGGCAGCCACCUAAGGUGGAGGUGGGGGAACAGUGUUUCCCAGGAAGCUCACUGAGUUGUGUGCAGGUGGCUGUGCAUUGGGGACACAUACUUCUCAGUACUGUAGCAUGAAACAAAGGCUUAGGGGCCAACAAGGCUUCCAGCUGGAUGUGUGUGUAGCAUGUACCUUAUUAUUUUUGUUACUGACAGUUAGCAGUGGUGUGACAGCCAGAGAGCAGCUGGGCUGCUCCCGCCUCGGCCUGGCCCAGGGUGAAGGGGCACGUGCUCCUCAGAGCAGCCGGAGGGAGGGGGGAGGUCGUGGCGGUGGUUUGUGUAUCUUACUGGUCUGAAGGGACCAAGUGUGUUUGUUGUUUGUUUUGUAUCUUGUUUUUCUGAUCGGAGCAUCACUACUGACCUGUUGUAGGCAGCUAUCUUACAGACGCAUGAAUGUAAGAGUAGGAAGGGGUGGGUGUCAGGGAUCACUUGGGAUCUUUGACACUUGAAAAAAUACACCUGGGAGCUGCGUUCAAACCUUCCCCCAUCGUGUACUGUGGAGUUGAGCUGGGAGGGGAGGGGCUGAGAGGGUGGGGGCUGGAACCCCUCCCCGGGAGGAGUGCCAUCUGGGUCUUCCAUCUAGAACUGUUUACAUGAAGAUAAGAUACUCACUGUUCAUGAAUACACUUGAUGUUCAAGUAUCAAGACCUAUGCAAUAUUUUUUACUUUUCUAAUAAACAUGUUUGUUAAAACA